UUCAGCUGCCUCCGGUCCGUGAUACAAAUCAAAGAACAAUGGUUUAUGGCUAACAAAUCUGUUAGCCAUUGUGUAAUAUAAGCACAAUGGCUAACAGACACUAAUGGCAGGAGAAGAUUUAGUCAGUUGUUAAGAAAUUUGCCCACAGAUAAAUCUUCUAAGCUAUAUCCAGUGUGCUGCCUGUCAAGACAAGAUAGGCUUCAUUUCUGCAAUUAAUACUCCCUUAAAGACUGGCCAUCUACCUCCAUGCCUUCACCUUCCAUUCUUCCCCGUCUCGGUACUGUUGGGUAGCUUAGACAUAGGAACCAUCCACAGCGCGAGAAGAAAACCGGUAGAAAGUUGUAAACUUAUAACCCAGAUUUCGAUAGCCUAUCACAGAAACAAAAAUCCAGAGAUUAAAUGAUGUCCUCCAUCCUCCCAUCAUCCCAUGCUUUCGUUUUCGUAGCUGCUGAAUGACCCAUCAUCUCAUUUAUGAAGCCGAUGGGGUACAGCCUCUGCUUGACAGCUCCAUAUACCAACCCAAAACUAAAAGCAUCUAAUCCAAAGCGAUUUUCAUGGUUUCUCUGUAACAGGUCUUUAUAACUAGUCUUCCGCAGCGUUGCAGCUGGCAACUCAUUCCUCACUCUUCACUCAGACAGAUGGCUAAGAAACAACCAUCGUCGUCGACGGUGCUUCCGUGGAUACCCAGGAUCUAUUACUCCACCAUGUCCGUUCUUGUGGACGUCGCUUGUCGUCCUAACAUUACCAUCAACCGCACUCUCCUCAACUUCUUUGAUAUCAAGAUUUCUCCCAACAAAAAAUCACGUAAUGGUCUGACGAGCGUUGAUAUAGCAGUUGAUCCCGCCCGAGACCUUUGGUUCCGCCUCUACACUCCGACGGAACCCGCGGCCGACAUUAGCCUACCGGUCAUACUCUUCUUUCACGGUGGAGGAUUUGCAACACUCCGCCCUGAUUCAUUCCUAUACGAUCCCGUCUGCCGCCGGUUCGCACGGGAGAUCCCCGCCGUGGUUGUCUCCGUCAACUACCGCCUAUCUCCGGAAAACCGCUUUCCGUCACAGUACGAUGACGGGUUCGACGUGCUUAAGUUCCUCGACGGCCGAAGCUUCGAUGGCUUCCCCCCGAACGCUGACCUCUCGCGUUGCUUCCUUGCCGGCGACAGUGCAGGGGCGAACUUGGCACACCAUGUGGCUUGCCGAGCAGGCAAAACGGAGUUUCGGGCGGUGAAGGUGAUGGGGCUGAUAGCGAUACAGCCGUUCUAUGGAGGGGAGGAGAGGACAGAAUCGGAGCUCCGGCUGAGGAGGGUGCCGUUGGUGUGGGUGGGUAUCACGGACUGGAUGUGGAAGGCAUUGUUGCCGGAGGGGUGUAACCGGGAUCACGAGGCGGUGAACGUAUCGGGGCCGAAUGCGGCCGAUAUAUCGGUUCUGAAGUAUCCGGCGACGUUGGUGUGUAUCGGGGGUUUCGACCCGUUACAAGACUGGCAGAGGAGAUACUACGAGUGGUUGAAGAGAUCCGGCAAAGAGGCUACUCUGAUCGAGUAUCCAAACGCGGCCCAUGCUUUUUAUUGGUUUCCGGAAUUGCCCGAGUCUUCCCAGUUAAUUACCCAUAUGAGGGACUUCAUUCAAAAACAAUCUCCUAAUAAACACGUCAACUAACUAGACGGCUAUAUAAUGCACGUUAUUACAACAUUUAUUCCUGGUGGUUAAUCCUUCAUAAUACUCUUAGGCCCGGUUCUUUUUCUGUUUAAUUUAUAUAGGUAAAGGUAAAUGGGAUGUUUUAUUGCAACAUCUA